AUGAAGCCUUCGUUUGCAUUGCUUAGUGCCGUUGCCCUGCUCCCCUUCGCCGCCGGGGCCAAGCAGGCCGGCCGCGGUCCUCUGCACGCCUUCCAGCGCGCCGAGGAGGUCAAGAAGGGCUUCUUCGAGAAGCGCGAAGCCGAGGCCGCUGCGGCCGCCGCUUUCGCCGCCGAGCAGCCCAGGCUGCAGAAGCGUGCGUCGCCGUUCGCUACGAACAAGACGCAGUCCUUCGCCGUCGAUGGCACCAAGAUCCCCGAUGUCGACUUUGACAUUGGCGAGUCCUACGCUGGUCUGCUCCCGAUCUCGGACAAGGCCAAUGAAACCCGCAAGCUUUACUUCUGGUUCUUCCCGUCCACGAACCCUAAUGCCACUGACGAGAUCACUAUCUGGUUCAAUGGCGGCCCGGGCUGCAGUUCUCUCAGUGGUCUGUUGACGGAGAAUGGUCCGUUCACGUGGGAGUCUGGCACCUACGCCCCCGUGCAGAACCCAUACACCUGGGUCAACCUGACCAACAUGCUUUGGGUUGAACAACCUGUCGGUGUCGGCUUCAGCCAGGGCGAGCCCGACAUCACCAACGAGCUCGACCUGGCCAAGGAAUUCGCCGGCUUCUACAAGUCAUUCGUCGACACGUUCGACGCGCACGGCAGCAAGGUGUACAUCACGGGCGAGAGCUACGCGGGCUUCUACGUGCCGUACGUGGCCAACGAGUUCCUGAACCGCAACGACACCGACUACUACAACCUGGCGGGCAUCGCCAUCAACGACCCCAUCAUCGGCGACGAGGUGCUGCAGCAGGAGGUCAUCGUGCCGCAGUACGUCGACUUCUGGUCCAACAUCUUCUUCCUCAACGACAGCUUCACGGCCGACAUCAAGCAGCGCGCCGCCGCCUGCAACUACACCGACUACCUCGCCACCUACCUGACCUACCCGCCGCCGCAGGAGCCCUUCCCGUUGCUGCCGGACCCCUACGUCGACGAGGCCGCGGCGGCGUGUGACUUGUGGGACGACGUGUACCUGGCCGCGCUCGAGGUCAACCCGUGCUUCAACAUCUACCACAUCACCGAGACGUGCCCGCACCCCUUCUCCGUCCUCGGCAUCGUCAACACGGGCGACUACUCGCCGCCGGGCCUGGAGGUCUACUUCAACCGGACGGACGUGAAGGAGGCCAUCAACGCGCCCGUGGAUGCGGACUGGGCGCAGUGCACCGACAUCAACGUCUUCGUCGGCAACGGCGACCAGAGCCCCGGCCCGGCCCUCGACGGCACGCUGCAGAACGUCAUCGAGCGCACCAACAACGUCAUCGUCGGCUCCGGAAACCUGGAUUUCAUCCUCUCCACCAACGGCACGCUCCUGGCGCUGCAGAACACGACCUGGAACGGAAAACAGGGACUCCAGGAGUACCCGGGCAAGCCUCUUUUCUCACCUUAUCAUCCGGAAUGGAAUGGCGGCUCGCUGGCUGGCUCCGGAAUUCUCGGAACGUGGGGCUCGGAGCGUGGGUUGACCUUCUACCAGACCCAGCUGGCCGGCCACGAGCUUCCCGGCUACACGCCCGGCGCUGCCUACCGUGCUCUCGAGCUGCUGCUCGGACGCAUCAGCGACUUGAGCGAGGUGUCUGACUUCACUACCCAGACUGGAGAUUAUGGUAAUGGGAACGCGUCGUUCAAGUUCCCGGCAUAG